GAAUGAUAUCUUGCUCAAGUUGUAGAAACGCUGCGCUGUGUGGGUUAUUGUGUGUUAAACGGCGAGACGGCAUUUACAGAUAAGGGAAAGUGGACGAUUCAAGAGGAAAACCUGAAAUACAAACCGGGGGGGGAAAAAUAAUAUUCUCCAACAAUGCAAUUGACCGUGUGUGAGCCCACCACCAUGUCUGAAGCCGUGGUGAUGGAGCCUCCCAGAGCAGGCGGCUUCCUGGAGUCAUCCUGCGGUGCAGAAGACAGAGCGGUCUCCCUCGAUGGCGUCAUUGUGGAUACAGCAAAUGAGUCCUCAGAGGAAGAGUCUGCAGGGGAAAGAGAUGAGAAUGGUGCACAUGAAGUAGUUGCCAGCAGCACCAAGGCUACGGAGGUCCCUGCUGAACAGACCUCAAACACACAAACAGUGAACACCCAGCGUCCAAACACCCUGCCGGUGCAAGCAGCAGGAGGGCUCGACCUGUGGACGUCACAGGGUGAUGCAGAGGUGAGACUGAGGAUGGGGGACUCUGGUCUGGCUGCUGAGACCCCUCUGACCACCAACCAGAUGUUCACCUCAGCUGUGGAGCGCUAUGCCGACUAUACAGCUCUGAGCUGGAAGGAGGGCGAACAGCAGAAGAGCCUGAACUACAGAGAAUAUUACCAGACCUGUCGCACCGCUGCCAAGAGUUUCCUUAAGCUUGGUUUGGAGCGCUACCACGGUGUCGGCAUCCUGGGCUUCAACUCGGCUGAGUGGUUCAUCUCUGACAUUGCUGCCAUUUUGGCUGGUGGGUUUGCUGUUGGCAUCUACACCACCAACUCUUCUGAGGCAUGCCAGUACGUAGCAGAGAACAGCAAGGCCAAUAUCAUUGUGGUGGAGAAUCAAAAACAGCUGCAGAAGAUCCUUCAGGUUGAAGACAAGCUGCCGCACUUGAAAGCCAUCAUCCAGUACAAAGAUGCACUUAAAGAGAAAAGACCAAAUCUGUACUCUUGGGCGGAGUUCAUGGAGCUCGGACGAGAUGAGCCCGACGCACCCCUCGACGCCAUCAUCUCCAGCCAGAAACCCAACCAGUGCUGCACGCUCAUCUACACCUCAGGGACCACAGGCCAGCCCAAAGGAGUCAUGCUCAGCCAUGAUAAUAUAACAUGGACCGCGCUCUCCACCUGCCACCAUGUGGGUCUGACAGAUGCCACCAACUCUCAGGAGGUGGUGGUCAGCUACCUGCCGCUCAGCCACAUCGCCGCUCAGAUGAUCGACAUCUGGGUCACCAUGAAGGUCGGAGGGGUGACCUACUUUGCCCAGCCAGAUGCACUGAAGGGCUCUCUGGUAAACACUUUGAAGGAGGUGCGUCCCACGGCCUUCAUGGGCGUCCCACGUGUCUGGGAAAAGAUGCAGGAGAAGAUGAAGUCGGUCGGAGCCAAGUCUUCAACUGUUCGCAGGAAACUGGCUGCCUGGGCCAAAGAUGUUGGUCUGCAGACUAAUCUGACCAAAAUGAAUCAAAGCGGAGCAGCUGGCCGAACGCCAUUGAGCUACCAAAUAGCCAAAAAGUUUGUGUUCAAAAAGGUGCGUAAGGCUCUGGGCCUGGACCGCUGCAGCAAGUGCUACACAGGAGCCGCUCCCAUAACCAAAGACACGCUGGAGUUCUUCCUCAGCCUAGAUAUCCCUCUGUACGAGCUGUACGGCAUGAGUGAGAGCACCGGACCUCACACAAUCUCUGUCGCUGAAGCCUUCAAGCUCACCAGUUGUGGUAAAGAGAUCCCAGGGUGCAAGACGAAACUGCACAACCCAGACGAGGAGGGAAACGGUGAGAUCUGCUUCUGGGGCCGUCACGUCUUCAUGGGUUACCUCAACAUGCCAGACAAGACGGAGGAGUCUGUCGAUGCGGAGGGUUGGCUGCACUCAGGUGACCUGGGCAAACAUGACCAAAACGGAUUCCUCUACAUCACCGGAAGAAUUAAAGAGCUGAUCAUAACGGCAGGAGGAGAAAACAUCCCUCCUGUUCCUAUCGAGGAUGCUGUGAAGGAGGCCGUGCCGCUGAUUAGUAACGCCAUGCUGAUCGGAGACAAGAGGAAGUUUCUAUCUAUGCUGCUCACCAUUAAGUGCCAGGUAAACCUAGAGUCAGGAGACCCAGAGGACGAGCUGACACCGGAAGCUAUUGAGCUCUGCAGGAAGCUGGGCAGCAACACAACGCGAGUCUCUGAGAUCGCAGGCGGCCGAGACCGAGUGAUCCAUGCGGCCGUUCAGAAGGGAAUCAACAAAGUCAACGAGGAGGCAGCCUCCAACGCUCAGCGCAUUCAGAAGUGGAUCAUUCUGGAUCAUGACUUCUCCCUUACAGGAGGAGAGCUGGGCCCUACCAUGAAGCUGAAGAGGCCGGUGGUGGUGAAGAUGUACAAGGAGCAGAUUGAGAACUUUUAUAAGGAGCUGGCGACUCCAACGACCCCCGACAACCCGCUGCCUCCUAAAUAAAGCUGCUCAUCGACCUGCAGGGAGAUCCAGACUGUCUUGAGUUAACAUGCAGACACACCAAAAUUCAUUAAUCCAACCAUUUUUCCCUUGUGCAGAAAAUAAGAAGCCAUUGUUAAAUAGCUUUAUGAUUUUGUCAAUAAGCUGAGGUGGACUAUUUGGAUUACUAGGCUGAACAGUAAUAUCCGAUAAAUGAAGUAGCAGCAGCUGUAUGUAAGAAAAGUUGUUUAUUUACUGCAUUACUUGAGAUAAGAGACAGGAUCCAAAAUAAGUUUAUAGGAUGUUUUUAAAUCAUUUUACUUAUUAAACAUGUUUUUCUUAAUUUAUUUUUGGUUUGCCAAAGUUUACAUGGGCUAAAUGAGCUUCAAAGAAGAACAUUUCUAGCAAACACUCCAUUUGUCAUUCAGCAAUCAUAUGCAUGUUUACUGGCAUUUGUCAUGUAUUUGGUGUCUUUUUUUUCCCGUCUUUGUCAGCUGGGUUUCCAAGAAAAUAAUAAUUUAUUUUGUACACGUUUUCUGCAGAGUUAGGUGCAGUUACAAAGGCAUUGAAAACAAUCUCAUAACUAAGCAUCCAAAUCUUGUUUUUCAUACUGUAAAACAUGUCAUUGAAGCCAUAUCUAUGCCUUUUGUAAUUGUAAAGUCAGACUCUGUUGUUCUGUAUGCUGACGACUCAUUGCAGACUAUUACACAACUGCCUGUUCCUGUUGAAAUGUUUCCAACAGUCCUUCUUGUGUGUAGAUCUGCCAUAAUUUUCGGGAAUAUUGUAAAUAUGUUUUGCGUAUAUCAUCAUCUUUCAAUUGUUUUGUUUUUUUAUUGUUAUUUUACAGUGGAUUAUUCAGCAUCCCAGAAUCCCAUUGCUACAUUUUUGUUCUGCACUCAAAGGAAAAAAAAAAAAAAAAAAAAAAAGAAAUAAUUUAGAUUAUAUGUAGCUUUAUGGCAAGUAUAUUAACAGGUCUGUUGCCAUCCCUUAUACAGAUACACGUACAAAUGCUUGAGGUUUUGAUCCGGAGACUAAACGUCUUUAGCCUCCUUGAAGACAUUUCGCACAUCUUCAAGAAAAAGUUUUAAAAAGGAAGUAAAAGAGUUUGUUGGACUCCAAAGAGUUGAUCUUGUAUAGGAAGUAAUUAUGUAUAUAAUAAGCAUAUCGCAGGUAUGUCCAGUAAUUCACAGUGAAGGUGGGUUUGGCGGUUAUGGUUUGCUAAAAAUAACUGAAGUUCAGGGUAAUUUUAACAUGCGUCAAUGAAGAUAAAUAAGGAAAUGACGGUGAUUCAGUGCUUCUUGAAUUACCUGACCUGAAAGAGCUGUUGUUGACAAUAUCACGGUUGAAAUAUGGAAAUUAGAUGAAGGAGAAAAAGGAAGCAGGCCUGUUUGUCUGCAGACAUGUGAAUGUUUGGGUGUUUGCUCAGUUACGGAAUAAAAGUUGAAUA